UUGAUUUAUUGAUCAAAGUACGAUUCCAUCAUCUUCCUCAAUGUUCCUAGAUUAAUAUUCUAUCAUUCGAGCAGAUUUGUAGGUAUGUACUAAUUGCUAAAAAGUACAUAUGGAAUAUCCAAAAAUUCUACUGAAGGCAUCAGAGUAGAUUAAAACUACUACCAGUUGACUCCAACGUGUCAGUGGCGUAGCCAGGAUUUUUUCAAGGAGGGGGCAAAACCUGAUUUUUAGGCAUGAAAAAUUGAAAUGAGGGGUAAUUUUCUGGAAACUUAUCAGGAUAUGUGGUGAUUUCAUGAAAAUGAAAGCAAAAUUACUGCUCGAGUGAAGCGAGAGCGAAAAUUUUUCGAAAAAAUGGGUCCAAAUAACAAAAAAACGUCCAUUUUUGCAUGUUUUCUUUCAAAUUUUCGCUCGCAAGGGGGGGCCAUGGCCCCCUUCGCCCCCCCCCCCUUGACUACGCCACUGCAACGUGUCGAAUACACGGUCCAAAUUAUAUGUAUAUUUGUACCUACCUACAAUAAUUGUACAUGUACAUAUGAUCUUUACCUACCUAGCGUGCACGAAGACGGGUGAAAAAAAAUGAAAUACCUUAUACUUAUAUGAGUCCGCAUGUCCAUGUCCGCAAUGAAAACUGCUGAAUCUUCACCAAUGAUCAAUUAAAACCAUUGAUUUUAAAAAAUCAAUGAUUAAAAGAAAAACAAGUUAAAAUUUGCCUGAUUGUCUCAUUUGUCUCCAACUUUGAGAACUUUUUAAUUCACCCACAUGCUAAAAAAAAUUUAUGGAACAUCUUUCUUAUCAUCCUUUUGCAUUUGUUAUCAGCUAAGCUAAAUCUCGUUUCAUCAGGAUCUAAUCUGAUCAGUUUUUUCAAAUUUAGUGAUUGGCAAAAUCCUCACACCAUUUUUCACUGGACCGGAUCGUUAAUUGUGUUAUUUUUGCGUAGGAAAUCAUAAGGAAACUAAUACAUGUUGAAACUAUAGUAAAGAUGAUAGAUCGAAUUUUCAUCUAAAAUAUCUAGUUGAAAUUGAAAUCAUAGAAUCAUCAAGCUGUAGAAUCCGCAUAAACGAGAUACUCAGUUUUUCAUUAGAAAAAGAAGUACAUUAUACCUGAUUGUCGAAGGAAGUCCACCAUCGCGGCAUCGGUUCCAUUUCAAGCGCUACAAAAUCAUAAAUCCGAUAAUCAUGGCACUGGCAUUUAAACCUAUCGUCGGACCGAAUGGAAUCAUCGUCAAAAACUGGUCGUGUACCGAUACCAUAGUUCAUAAAACACAUUACAUAUGGAUGAUCCGUCGGUACAGCUUUUACGAUGCGAAAGGAGAAGAUUUAAAAUCACCAAUAUUCGCCAGUGAAACGACCGCCGAAAUCAAAUGGCAUUUAUUGCUGAAACCCAACGGUUACAAAACUGGCAAAAGUUACAUUUCUGCAUACUUAUACCUGGACCCAUCCAGUAAACACAACACGAUUUACGCAGAAUAUAAACUCUCCAUUUUGGAUAGCCAACAAAAAGAAGUAAUUUCGGACGAGAACGGUAAAGUAUGUAAAUUCGUGUUGGGUACGAAUCAAGAUAAUUGGGGAACUGAAAUACUCAUAAGGAAGGAAGAUCUUUUCAAUGAUGAACUUUCAAUGUUACCGAACGAUACGUUGACGAUUUAUUGUGGAGUCAGGUUCUCUCAUGCUGAUGUGUUUAUUACAAACUUUUCAAGUUCAUUUCAAGCCGAUGAUGUACUUGCUGUACCUCUACCUGUACCUGUAAGCAGUCUUUCAGAAGACUUCGGACUCUUGUUUCAGAAUCGAGCGUUUGCCGACGUUGUUCUGUCCACGAAUGAAAAACGUUUUCCUGUUCAUAAAGCCAUCUUGAGCGCUCGUAGUCCAGUUUUCGCCGCGAUGUUCAAACAUGAUAAGAUGAAAGAUGGAGAUCACAUCGUUGAAAUUCCAGACAUCGAUGAAGAAACCUUAGAAGACAUGCUCCGCUAUAUUUAUACCGAAAAGUGCGAACAUUUAGAAGAACUUGCCUACUGCUUAAUAAUGGCAGCGGAUAAGUAUAAUUUGGACGGGUUAAAAGUCAUGUGCGAGAAAGAAUUGCUGAAGACUUUAUCGGUGGAAAAUGCGAUUGACAGGUUGGUGUUGGCAGAUAUGUAUCGUGCCAAGGAAUUGAGAGCUAAAACGAUUAAUUUUAUAGUCGCCAACUCUGCCAAAGUGAUGAAUACGAAGGAAUGGAAAUCCCUCUCUCGAUCGAACUGUCGUUUAGUUAUGGAUUUAUGCGAAGCAUUAUCUCAUCAGAUGAAUGCUUAAGCUGACUGAAGUUUCGUUUUGGAAUUGUUUUUCUAUAAUAAUUUAAGCUAUUCUAAUUCUUUAUAUGUAAUUUUCUUUCUUUGUAUUGUUUUCCUCUAGUUUUCUAAACAGGUGCUCCUAUAAUUAGUUAAUAAAUAUUGAAUUCUA